AUGUGCCAGCCCACGCUCCUCUCCGCGCUAGUGAAAGAGGCCGCCGUCACAGGGGACGACUUCGACGAAGCCGAAGAAGCCCUCCGGAAUUUCAAUAGGAGGAUAGAGGAGACGCGGGGCUUCGACCCCGACCAGUGGCUUCCUUCUGAAUUAAUUGAUUGUGCUAUUAUUUCCUUGCUCGAUGCGCCUGCGCUACGACUAGCCUCGGUUUUGUCGAGAGGCUGGCGCCGGCGAGCUCAGAGUGACACGCCCUGGCUCGUGCUUUGUAGGAGUAGGUGGCACCUUCCUCCGAACACUUCAGUUCAGUGCGCCGCGCCGCCCCGGUUACUGUAUGGUCUUGCUAGACCGGCCCCAACAAUGCGCAAGGGGCUGCGAGCCGGCACGCAGCUGCGGGUCGGCGAGUCAAAGACAGGCUUGGUCACGUUAGCCUUCGGCGGCGCUUUAGGUGUGGGCGACCGGUCCUGCGUCGCGGACGCGCCCUUUUUUGGCGACCAGGCAAUAACGACCACACCUCAACAAAGGGCGCCCGCCGACGGAAGUUUUUCAAGACGGAUCUUCGGCCCGGCGCUGACCGGUGCCUCCACACAAUCGCCGCUAGCCGUCGCUCGAAGCUUGAUGAACCGGCAUUCAUCAAAACCGAAAACGGCCCCAAAAUGUGUUGCUACACCUAGAGCUGUCCAGGAGGAGACCUUUCCCUUCUCCGGUACGGCCAUACGCGUAGCACCCUCACUGAUAGCUUAUUUCGAGCUGCGAGUAGCUCUAUCCGGCGCGCCGCGCGAAGUUGAAGAGCGCGCGAUGGCGGCGCCGCCCUGCGUGGCCAUCGGCUGUGCGAGAGCUGGUUUUGAUGCCGGGCGGUUAAUGCCGGGCUGGGACGCCGAGUCCUGGGGGUAUCACGGCGACGACGGGGGCCGGUUCCACGGCGACGGUGCUGCUGUGGCAAGGGGCGACACCUUCGGCCGAGGCGAUGUGGUGGGAUGCGGCGUCGACCGGGGCCGUAGGGAGGUCUUCUUCACGCGCAACGGCGUGAGCGUCGGCGGCAUCCCUUUACAACAAAAAGACCUCGACGAACCGUUGUACCCGUGCGUCGGCCUCGACCACGGCGACGCCGUCGAGGUGAACUUCGGCGCCGAGCCCUUCGCCUACGACGUGCGGUCCCGCGACGGCGGCAAGGACUUGGGGAGGGCCCUCGCGAAGCAGUGCGCGCCGCUCGCGGGCGGUUCGGUAAAUACGGGCUGCUUCUGCCGGCCGCGGGCGGACUCGUCGUCGGGGUAAGGUUUGUUCCUUAUUGAUGACUUGUUGCGGCGACUCUAGCAAGAUGAUUUGGAUGUGCAGCGGCGCCGGAUCGACAGAGCGCCGUAGGUGAUCAAAUCGCGGGGGCAGCUCGGGGCAGCCAACCACUAAUGCUGCGCAGCGCUCUCCUGCUGUGCUGCCUCGUGGAGGCGCCCGCGGAUCGGCGGCGGCUGGCAGCUUUUAACUACAUGGAGGUGGCCAAGCUGACGGCUUCCGAUGCCGCUGCGGGCGACGGCUUCGGUAGCUCCGUGGCGAUCGACGGAGACACCGUCGUGGUCGGGGCCUACGCACCGUGGGGCUAUGGAGCGGUCUACGUCUUGCGCACGACCGACGGCGGCGCCACGUACGGCCAGGUGGCCAAGCUGACGGCCUCCGACGGCGCUGCGGGGGACCGCUUCGGCUACUCCGUGGCGAUCGACGGAGACACCGUCGUGGUGGGGGCUCCUGGCUGCUAUAGCUGUUCCCACAAGGGCUCGGCCUACGUCUUCCGCACGAGCGACGGCGGCGCCACCUACGGCCAGGUGGCCAAGCUGACGGCCGCCGACGCCGCGGCGCGCGACAACUUCGGUAUCUCAGUGGCGAUCGACGGAGACACCAUCGUGAUUGGAGCCUACUACGACGACGACGGCGGCUGGAACUCGGGCUCGGCCUACGUCUUCCGCACGACCGACGGUGGCGCCACUUAUGGCCAGUUGGCUAAGCUAAGGGCCUCCGACGCCGCGACGGGCGACAAAUUUGGCGGCUGCGUGGCGAUCGACACCGGCACCGUCGUGGUUGGGGCCCGAUACGACGACGACGGCGGCUCAAACAAGGGCUCGGUCUACGUCUUCCGUACGACCGACGGGGGCGCCACGUACAAUCAGGUCGCCAAGCUAAUAACCGCUGAUGCGGCGGCGGACUUCGGCCGCGCUGUGGCGAUCAGUGGUGGCCUCAUCGCGAUCGGGGCUGGCACGUACGGCACAGGUGGCGCGGUCUACCUAUUCCGCACGAGCGACGGCGCCACAUAUGACGAGGUGGCCAAGCUGACGGCCGCCGACACCUGUUGUGCCGACAACUUUGGUGUCUCCGUGGCCAUCGACGGCGACACCGUCGUGAUUGGAGCUUACUUGGAUGAUUACGGCGGCUCCAACUCGGGUUCGGCCUACGUCUUCCGCACGACCGACAGCGCCUCGUACGGCCAGGUGGCCAAGCUGACUGCAAGUGAUGCCGCGGCGAGCGAUAAAUUCGGCGUCUCCGUGGCGAUCGACGGCGGCACCGUCAUGGUCGGAGCCAGCGGCGACGACGACGGCGGCUCCGCCUCGGGAUCGGCCUACGCCUUCGAUGCAAACGCGCCGACUUCUCAGCCGACGACUGCCCAGCCGACCGCCCAGCCCACAAAGCAAGUCGACGAUGAACUCGCCCCCUGGCAGAUUGCUCUCAUCUCCAUCACCAGUCUCAUCUUUUGCGUCGCUUGCUUCCUAUGCCUUUGGAGAAUGCGCAAAUCCCGACCGUCGGUAAAAACAUCCCCCACAGCCCCCGAGGUUGUGACGCCGCCAAUCCUCCGGACGACGAGCGUGCUCCCCAUGGGCACGGUCGAAGCGGUCCAAGCGCCAGACGCUGACGCGGCGCCGCCCAUCCUCGGAGAGGUCGUGACCCACUCCACCGUCCUUUCGGUCUCGAACUAA